AUGUCCGGCACGUCGAUGGCGACCCCCGUCGUAGCGGGAAUCUUCGCCCUCGGCUUCUCCCUCAAGCCGUUGGCGACGAGAAACGAGCUACUUACGUGCGCCUACGAAUAUGCGACAGAGAUCGACGACCUCGAAUACGAGGGCCAGCUCGGCGCCGGCCUGAUCAACGCCGAGAAGUUUCUCGAGUGCGUCGGCGGUCUCCCCGACCCGACGCCGCAGCCUACUCAAGCUCCGACGCCGAGGCCGUCGCCGAGGCCUACGCCGGCUCCGACCGCCGAGCCGUCGCCGCGCCCGACGCCGGCGCCGACGCCCAAGCCCAGUGCCGCGCCCACGGCCUCACCGACGAACGAGUUCCCGACGUGCGGUGUGCGGAUCAACCGCGGCGAUGGGACCGGCUUCCAUUGCGAAGAUGAUCCCUGGGCGACCGAGCACGCCGGCAAGAAGAUCGCCUUCGCGUGCUGCGACGCCGACAUGCGUUACAGCACGUGCACGCGGGCGGAUGCGGACGGCGAGUGCUACGCGGGUUUCCUGAAUCCGGUAUCGAAUUUCGCGCCGAAGACGUGGCACGAGGCCACGAACGUGUGCGCGGCUGAGGGCAAGGUCCUCUGCGGCGUCGAGCAGCCGUGCAAGAACAGGGGGUGCCACUACAACGGUCACUACCAGUGGACGGGUCAGGAGUGUCAGGCCGGCGACGCGGGCCUGCCAGUCGCGUGCGCCGAGUUCCCAAAGUGUGGCGUGCGGGUGGUUCGGGGGAUCAAAGACGUUGCCCCAUAUUGCGAGACGGACCCGGACGCGUUAGUUCGCGACGACGGAUCUGAAAUGGGUAUCGCGUUCGCGUGCUGCAACGACGACGGCUCUGGCUCGUCCGGUUGUACCAGGACGGUAUCCGGAAGCUGCAACGCCGGACAUUGGAAUCAACCGGCCACCUGGGCGCCCGUGACGUGGUCGGACGCUAUGAACUACUGCGCGACGUACGGCAAGACGCUCUGCGGUUCGUCCAAUGCAGGGAGGUGCCAGAACAGAGGCUGCCACUACAAUAAUAUCUACCAGUGGACGAACGAGCCGUGCGAGCCCGACGACGAGGGGUACGAGUGUACUUCCUAGCCCGCGAAAAGACUGAACUCUCCC